AUGUCUUCCAUCUCACAGGCCAUUAAAAAUGCUCUUCAUCGGGGCAAGGGAGGUGCAAAAGGCAAUGAAGAUACGAAAAAGGCUGCACCUGCCGCUCCAGCUGUCCCUCAACAUCACGCUAAAUCAGAUCCUAGCGUAAUGGCCCAUCAAGCACAUCAAGUUCCUGGAGGUGAUGCAUAUUCAGUUGCAAACGAAGAUAAUAGAAAUAGAGGAGCUCAAGCUGCAAAUCAAGCUGCACAUGCAGCAGGACAACAACAAAUGGCAGGACAAUCCAGCUCAACGAGGCAGGACGAACUGGCAAGACUGGUGGCCGCCUCGAAUGAAAAUAACAACCGUUUACCAAGAUAUCCUGGACUUGAAAGAUGGUCACUUAUCGAGAAGAUGGCAGAUGCUCAUCUUCAUCCGAACUUCAACAAGAAGCAACCCAAGGGCGUGGAGAGACAAAACAUUCUCAAAGAAGUGUCCAUCAUGCGUGGUCUAGAUCAUCCUAAUAUUAUAAAACUCAUCGAAUUUUCCGAGUCAAAACAAUACUACUAUCUUGUUUUAGAGUUGGCACCCGGCGGAGAAUUAUUCCAUCAAAUCGUCCGCCUUACUUACUUUAGUGAGGACUUGUCAAGACAUGUUAUUAGACAAGUUGCAGAGGCAUUACACUAUCUUCACGAGGAAAAGGGUGUCGUCCACAGGACAUCAAACCAGAAAAACAUUCUGUUCGAGCCAAUACCGUUCAUUCCAACCAAGAACCCGAGACCAAAAUCUGCUGAAGAUGAAGACAAGGAGAACGAGGGUGAAUUUAUCAAGGGCGUUGGAUCAGGUGGUAUCGGAAAGAUUAAGAUUGCCGAUUUUGGGUUGAGUAAAAUCGUAUGGGAUACCCAAACCAUGACACCAUGUGGUACCGUAGGAUAUACAGCGCCAGAGAUUGUCAAGGACGAACGAUACUCCAAAAGUGUUGAUAUGUGGGCAUUAGGUUGCGUUCUUUAUACCUUGCUCUGCGGUUUCCCACCAUUUUACGACGAAAGUAUUCAGGUUUUGACUGAAAAGGUUGCAAGAGGUCAAUACACAUUCCUCUCGCCAUGGUGGGAUGAAAUCUCCAAGCCAGCACAAGACCUUGUCUCACACUUAUUAACUGUGGAUCCCAAAAAACGAUAUACAAUCGAUCAAUUCCUUCAACACCCUUGGAUCAAGGGUUCCGAGGAACCUACAUACGCAGCACUUGAUGCUCCACCAUUGGCUACUCCAGCCGUUGAACGCCAACGCCAAUUGGGUGGUGGCUUGCGAGCCUUCAACCCCGAUCUCUUGGAGUCUCCUGGAGCAGGCAGGCGUAUGGAUUUCCGAAGCCCCGGUGCUGUCCAUUUACGUGAAGUCUUUGACGUCGGUUAUGCUGUUCACAGACAAGAAGAGGAAGCCAAACGAAAGAAGAACUUCAAGCAAGGUUAUAGAGGAACUGCCGCCCUGAACCCCCUCAACCCCAUCGAUGAUGAAGAUUUCGACGAGAGCGACGAGGAGAACUGCGAUGAGAACGGAGUUCCUUCAAAGGCACCCAAAUCUGGACAGUCAGAUGUUGCGCAAGUCGGUGAUGCUUUGCGAAAUACAAAAUUGAAUCCAAAAUCCGCAGCCCCGGCUAAAGGUUAUGGACAGCACAGUGCUCAGGUAACCGCAUCUGCAAAGCGAGAUAUCAAACCAAGGAACGGCGCCUUCGAACUCAAUCUCGAUGGAGCAACUCUACUCGGUCGACGUCAACAACAACCACCGCCAAGUAACCUGAGGGAGUCAAUGGUUGCGCAAUAG